GGCCGGGCUGGGCUCGGUUGCGCCGGGCUCCGUGGUGCCGCCACAGGCCUCCCCGGCGCGGGCGGCAGCAGCAGCAGCAGCAGCAGCGGCAGGAUGUCGGUGGCGGGGCUGAAGAAGCAGUUCUACAAAGCGAGCCAGCUGGUCAGUGAGAAGGUUGGAGGGGCCGAAGGGACCAAGCUCGACGAUGACUUCAAGGAGAUGGAAAAGAAAGUGGACCUGACCAGCAAGGCAGUUACAGAAGUACUGACCAGAACAAUAGAGUACCUCCAGCCAAACCCAGCUUCCAGGGCCAAGCUGACCAUGCUGAACACCAUGUCCAAGAUCCGCGGGCAGGUGAAGAACCCCGGCUACCCGCAGUCGGAGGGGCUGCUGGGGGAGAGCAUGAUCCGGUACGGCAAGGAGCUGGGCGAGGACUCCAACUUCGGCGAUGCGCUGCUGGAUGCUGGUGAAUCCAUGAAGCGCUUGGCUGAGGUGAAGGACUCGCUGGAUAUUGAAGUCAAACAGAAUUUCAUUGAUCCCCUCCAGAACCUGUGUGACAAAGACCUCAAGGAGAUCCAGCACCACCUCAAGAAGCUGGAAGGGAGGCGCCUGGACUUUGACUACAAGAAGAAGCGGCAGGGCAAAAUCCCCGAUGAGGAGCUCCGGCAGGCCAUGGAGAAGUUUGAGGAGUCCAAGGAAGUAGCAGAGACCAGCAUGCACAACCUCCUAGAAACUGAUAUCGAGCAGGUGAGCCAGCUCUCAGCCCUGGUGGAUGCUCAGCUGGAUUACCACCGCCAGGCAGUGCAGAUCCUGGACGAGCUCGCCGAGAAGCUCAAGCGCAGGAUGAGGGAGGCCUCCUCGCGUCCCAAGCGGGAAUACAAGCCCAAACCCAGGGAGCCGUACGACUUUGCAGACACUGACCAGUCCAACGGGGGCUUCUCCUGCAAUCCUGCCCCCAAAGUCUCAGCAGCUUCCUCCUCUUUCCGGUCCGACAAGCCGUCCCGGGCCUCCGUCAGGAGUAUCCCGCCCCUGGACCAGCCCUGCUGCAAGGCUCUCUACGACUUCGAGCCCGAGAACGACGGCGAGCUGGGCUUCAAGGAGGGCGACAUCAUCACCCUCACCAACCAGAUCGACGAGAACUGGUACGAGGGGAUGCUCAGCGGCCACUCCGGCUUCUUCCCCCUCAACUACGUGGAGGUGCUGGUGCCGCUGCCGCAGUGAGC